UUUUUUUUUUGCGCGUCAUUAACUUUAUAAAGAAAUAUGUCACUACGAUUCAAUUUAUUAAAAACUUCAGAAAAAUCUUUACGAUUGGGAAAGCUGAUUUCAAUAAAAAAUGAACAAAAAAUAAUAUUAGAUACACCAAAUUGUCUAGCUUAUACGGGUCGUGGUUGUGUUCCACACUUGACACCUGAUAAUCUGCAUAAUAUUCCAUUAGUUGAAGCUGUUAACGUUACAUUAGAGCAUUUUAUAGAUGUACAACCACCGCCUUCCACUCAAUUUCCCGAUGGAAUACAUAAAUUUUUGAAUUUUGAAGAGUAUCUUGUAUUUAUUGACGUUCGUGAUUCUGGAAACCUAAAACCUGUAUCUAACAAUACUGACAAGUAUGUUUCUGUAUAUACAUGUCACGGAGUGCGCCAGGUUAUGUCCGAUUCAUAUAUUGAAUAUAUGAAUAUAUAUAAACCCGACGUUUUUGCAAGUUUAGCUGAUAAGAUAACGGAUGAGGUACCAAGUUUGAAAAGGAUAAAGAAGUCUGUUGAUAGAACGUUAAAAUGGCUUGAUGAUGCGCUCAAUAACGUAAAGGUAGGGAUCCAUGUUUUUGGAGUUUUGACCGGGCACAAUAAUAGGGAAGAACGAAUUAGAUCGGCUCAAGAAACUGCAAAAAGAAAUGUUUCUGGAUUCGUACUGAAUGGAAACUUUUUGGGAAAUACUUCGAGAGAACGUAUAAAUGUAUUGAAAAGUUCACUCGACAACCUACCAUCUAAUAAACCUCGUUUGACAUACGGACUAGGAGCACCAGAGGAUAUUCUAUUAGGUGUAUCCGAGGGAAUUGACUUAUUUGAUACACAUUAUGCGGUAAAAAUGACCGAUGCAGGACAUGCUUUUACGUUUUCAUUAGAUGUAAAGAAUGAUUUAGAUUCUUCUAAAAAUCAAAAAACAAUAAACUUGUGGAAUACAAAUUUUUGUGAUGAUACUCAGCCUUUAUUGGUUGGAUGCCAGUGUUAUUCAUGUCAAAAUCAUACUCGAGCAUAUAUUCAUCAUUUAUUGAAUACUCAUGAAAUGCUCGCUUCAGUACUACUCAUGAGUCAUAAUUUAUUCCACUACACGAUAUUUUUCAAGAAUAUUAGAGAAUCCAUCAGUCAAGGUACGUUCUUCUCAAAAGCAGAACAAUUCUUUAAAAUAUAUGGUGAUGGAUUUAAACAAGAAAAACAAGAAAAGGAAAUGAUCGAUAGUUCAACAAUAAUUUUAAAGAAUUAAUAAAGUAAUUUGCUAGUAUUACAUUUAUAGAUAUAGAUACACCAAAUUUAAAAUCGGCAAGGUUUUAAAGAUUAAAUACAAUUAUUAUAAAUGGCCAAUUAUAAGAAAGUAUUAAUUAAUAAUACAGUUGCAUACUUUAUUAAUAAUAAAGUGAUCUUAACUGGGAUUCCUGU